UAUUCUCUUCUUUUUUUUACCCCAGCGCUCCAUCUACAGUGUGGGAAACCAAGUCGUUUCUCCGGACUUGGGCCGUGUGGGUUAAAGGGAGGCGUGGAUAGGAAAAGCGGGACAGACGGACUGACUGACACAGUCUAGCUAAUCGCGCAGCUAAAUGCGAUUUGGAAGGCAAGGUCUCCCCGAAUUAGUGCAUGAAUUUCCUAUCGAUCCGCCCGCGGUUCCAUUCAUCUCUGACAAGUCCCCCUGCGCACCCGCCCUCUAGCUCUGGACGCCUCCUCUCUCACCCCUACCCCUCCCCAUCCGGCUGCAGAGAAAAGCCCCAAGCUCUGUGUUCUGGCCCUGUACGGGUUCCCCUUUCGAGAAGUAGCCCCCAGCCCGCCAAUGACUUAAAUCCCUAUACAGACUCAGGGUGCAAGGGCUCCCUCCCGCCGUGGGGAGGAGAUAGGGGCCUGUAAAAGGUAGAGAAUGCUGGGCAGAGGUGAGGCAGAACAGGAGGGGCUACACUGGAUGCCCCAACUUCUUAAGGGAUCUAGGGUUUGCGCUCUGCCUAGCGCCCCAACAGGCCCUCCAGUCGCAACCUGCGCGCGCUCUCUCUCUCAAUCUCUUUGAUCCCGGAGACAGCGAGGCAAGGAGGGAGUCGCCCCGCAGGAGCCCUAUGUAAAUCCUGCUGUUGGGUGGGUGGGUGGGGAGGGGGAAGAGAAGAAGGGGAAAUAAACCUCUUUGGCUGGAGUAGGGUCCGGGUGAGCAGAUUUCCUUAUCCGGGAAUCGCAGGCGGGGCGGCCAUUGGCUCGGAGGAUCACGUGGGCGCCUAACUUUGUUCACUUGACAGUAAGUAGGAGGGCUUUCGGAAACAGGAAAACGAGUCAGGGGUCGGAAUAAAUUUUAGUAUAUUUUGUGGGCAAUUCCCAGAAAUUAAUGGCUAUGAGUUCUUUUUUGAUCAACUCAAACUAUGUCGACCCCAAGUUCCCUCCGUGCGAGGAAUAUUCACAGAACGAUUACCUACCCAGCGACCACUCGCCCGGGUACUACGCCGGCGGCCAGAGGCGAGAGAGCAGCUUCCAGCCGGAGGCGGGCUUCGGGAGGCGCGCGGCGUGCACCGUGCAGCGCUACGCGGCCUGCCGGGACCCUGGGCCCCCGCGGCCUCCGCCACCGCCCCCGCCGCCCCCGCCACCGCCCGGGCUGUCCCCUCGGGCUCCUGCGCCGCCACCCGCCGCGGCCCUCCUCCCGGAGCCCGGCCAGCGCUGCGAGGCGGUCAGCAGCAGCCCCCCGCCGCCUCCCUGCGCCCAGAACCCCCUGCACCCCAGCCCGUCCCACUCCGCGUGCAAAGAGCCCGUCGUCUAUCCCUGGAUGCGCAAAGUUCACGUGAGCACGGUAAACCCCAAUUACGCAGGCGGGGAGCCCAAGCGCUCUCGGACCGCCUAUACUCGCCAGCAGGUCUUGGAGCUGGAGAAGGAAUUUCACUACAACCGCUACCUGACGCGGCGCCGGAGGGUGGAGAUCGCCCACGCGCUCUGCCUCUCCGAGCGCCAGAUCAAGAUCUGGUUCCAGAACCGGCGCAUGAAGUGGAAAAAAGACCACAAGUUGCCCAACACCAAGAUCCGCUCGGGUGGCGCGGCAAGCUCAGCCGGAGGGCCCCCUGGCCGGCCCAAUUGAGGCCUUCCCCCACCCCCGCGCUCUGGUGCCCCCCACCCACGCAGGAGCCACGAACCUCAGGAUGGGGGUGGGCAGCGAGCGCGGGGGAUGGGGUGGGGGGAUGGGAGGGGGCCCGGGGCCUGGGCCCCGGAAAAACCUAUCUGCCCUCCCCUCCUUUAUAUGCGAAUAAACGCAGAAGAGGGGGAGGGGAAGCUUUAUUUAUAGAAAUGACAAUAGAGGGCCAUAGGGAGCCCCCCCAGAAGCAAGAUUCAAAUCUCUUGCUUUCUUCCUAAAAAAAAAAAAAAGAAAGAAAGAAAAUAAAAAGAAAAAGCAAGAAGGAAGAAAGAAAAAGACAGAAAGAGGAAUAGGAGGAGGCCGCAGCUCCUCGUUUUCAGCUUUGGCGAAGAUGGAUCCGCGUUUCAUCUUUAAUCACGCCAGGCACAGGCCCAUCUGUCUUGUUUACUCUGCCGAGGAGAGGACGGGCCUCGGUGUCGACCAUUACCUCGACACCCGCUAACAAAUGAGGCCCGGCUCGGCCGCCUCCGCCUCUGCUGCUGCCGCUGCUGGAAGACAGCCUGGAUUUCCUUUCUUUGUCCCCUACUCCCGAUACCCAGCGAAAGCACCCCUGACUGGCAGAUAGUGCACUGUUUUGGCCACGGUAACAAACACACACACGCUCCCUCAUCCUCUGUGCCUCUUCACGGAGGGACAAAAUGACUGUUCACCCACUUCCACGUGGGAUUGGGGGUGGGGAACAGAGGAAGGGAACAAGUAGGGGAGGGGGUGGCCUUGACAACUCAGGAGUGAGCAGGAAAAUUGAGUCCAAGGAGAAAAAGAGAGACUCGCAGACCCGAGAGGCCCUUCCUCUGGAAGGCCAAGCCAAGCCAUACCUGGCAGGGUGAGGGGCCAGUUGAGUUCUGGGAGCUGGACCUGACUCUGCCAGUCCAGAGUUGUACAGCAGAGGCCUGUCUCCUAGACUGAAAAGGAAUGUGAAACUAGGAAAUACAAUGUGCCCCUCCCAGUCUGGGAGGAGGAUGUUGCAGA